AUGACUGCACAAAAAGAAGCACCGGUAAAGAUAACCAACAAAGACAUUGCUCAAGAGUUCUUGAACAGAUAUGAUACAUUUUUGUUCGAUUGCGAUGGUGUCUUGUGGCUAGGUUCGCAUGCGCUACCAUACACCCAAGAGAUCUUGAAUCUUUUGAAACAGUUAGGGAAGCAAUUGAUCUUUGUGACUAAUAACUCCACUAAGUCUCGUUUAGCAUACACAAAGAAGUUUGCCUCCUUCGGUAUCGACGUUAAAGAAGAACAAAUCUUCACUUCUGGUUAUGCAUCAGCUGUUUACGUUCGUGAUUUUUUGAAGUUACAACCUGGCAAAGAUAAAGUUUGGGUAUUCGGUGAGAGUGGUAUUGGCGAAGAAUUGAAACUAAUGGGGUACGAGUCUCUUGGAGGUAACGAUUCGAGAUUGGAUGUACCAUUCAGCGCAAGUGAAUCACCAUUUCUGGUCGACGGCCUUGAUAAGGACGUUAAUUGUGUGAUUGCUGGGUUAGAUACGAAAGUAAAUUACCAUCGUUUGGCUGUUACACUACAGUAUUUACAAAAGGAUACUGUCCAUUUUGUGGGUACGAACGUAGAUUCCACCUUCCCACAAAAGGGGCACACCUUUCCCGGUGCUGGUUCCAUGAUCGAAUCAUUGGCAUUCUCAUCCAAUAGAAGACCAUCUUAUUGUGGUAAACCAAACAUGAAUAUGCUGAAUACCAUUGUGUCAGCUUUCAACUUAGACAAAUCAAGAUGUUGUAUGGUCGGUGAUAGGUUGAAUACCGAUAUGAAAUUUGGUGUCGAAGGUGGAUUAGGCGGCACACUAUUAGUUUUGAGUGGUAUUGAAACUGAAGAAAGGGCCUUGGAAAUUUCAGCUGACUAUCCAAGACCUAAAUUUUACAUUGACAAACUGGGUGACAUUUACACCAUGACCCAAUAA